GUAAAAUGAAGUUUAUGUUUUACAGUAGCUUAAUGGAAUAUAGAGUGGAAUGAAGACUGUCAUUCAAGUCAAAUUUCGACAAACGGAUGUACGAUAGACAAAAGACCAUGAUAAAAGAUGCAUGAGGGAGAUUUGUUCAGGCAGAAUGAUUCUGAUUGCUCCUUAGGUGGUAAUAAUGAGUGAUGACCAAAUUUGUAUCGGGACUAUGUGGACACUUCUCUAACAUUAAGCAGCCGUCCUAUACUUACUACUACAAUGGCAUGUGGAAGAGGCAGCGGAGGAGCGAAGGGUAAGGGAAUAGGUCAAGGUCGGGGCAAAGGCGAAGGUUCAGUGUUUAUUCUUAUUGGUUAUGUCAUCGUGCUGGUCUUACUAGGACUUGUGAAGUUUAUCGUUGGACUGGUUUUCCGCAAUGACUGCCCUGCUGAUCGUGCAAUUCCAGCAUUAAUAGCCGGAACAGGUGGUGCCGAGACCGUUAUCGAUGUUGUUGUAGGUUGCGUUGGAACAUUUGCUAAUGCCGCUGAGAGUGGUGUUGUAGGAGGUGUUUGUCUUAUUGUUGAACAUUUUAUAAGCAUCAUUGUAGGAAGUAUUUAUAUCUUUCACAACUAUGCUUAUUUAUCUGGUGGCUGUGAUGGUGCCGAGGAAUGCUGCGAUCAGAAUUUUAUGAAGUUCGCUCUAGGUGUCACUAUUAUACAAUGGAUCAUUUUACUAUCUCCUGUUGUUGUUAUGGUGGUAUAUUUUCUGAAAAAUUAGGAUAUAUAACAAUUGCUAAACCUUUGUUCUUAUUAAUGUAUUGGGACUGCUGUGUUACAUUGCCGGAAUGUAUAUCCAUUUCAUAGAGACUUGUGUAGAAUAUAUAUUUAUGUAUGCUUAAACCAUCUUUAAGACAUUUUGAGAAACAAAGCCAAAGAGUGUCUAGCUGUAUGAUUUCGUCAUAUGUUAUAAACAAACAUUUAUUUAUUUGCUUUAAAACAAUUCUUUUUAUUUAUUGUCAUUAAAAGGAACUUAUAAUGGCUACAUUAUACCCCAGUCACACAUACGGCGCUGACAGCUACGUCUAGCCACGGAUAGAAACGUAAUAAUCCGUAUCGAGCCGUACUUGAGCCGUACCUUAAAGUAGUAUUCUGUAUCAAUCCGUAAGGCUCAGGUACGAACCGAUACGGAUUACUACGUUUCUAUACAUGGCCAGACGUAGCUAUUCGCGCCGUAUGUGUGACUGGGGUAUAAGACUUCAUAAUAUGUUAAUCAAUUUGAACUGUUUCUUUAACAUUUUCAAUCUAUUUGUGUAAAAUAAAACAGUGUCUGCUUCAUA